AUGGACAUUGAGAAGGUCGCUUCCCCCUCGGGGAAGGAUGAUGGCUACAUCCAGGAAAGCAGCGUCACGGACCAUGAGGUCGCACCGGUCGUCCACGACAUGUUUGACUUCCGCCACGACUAUCACGGCACUGGCCUGCGCCGCGAGCUCAAGCCCCGACACCUCAUCUUCAUUUCGAUUGGCGCCUGCAUCGGAACCGGCAUCUUCCUCGGCGUCGGCAGCAGCCUGCAGAACGGUGGACCCCUCGGCCUAUUCCUCGGAUUCAGCCUCAUCGCGUCCGUCGUCGUCUGCGUUAUGUUCAUGGUCUCGGAACUGGUCACCUUUCUACCCGUUUCGGGCGGCCAUAUCCGCCUCGCUGGUCGCUUCGUCGAUCCCGCUCUCAGCGCAGCUAUGGGUUGGUCGUACUUGAUUUGCUGGACAUUGAUCCUCGCUGCGGAGCUGAGCGCAGCCGCUGUGCUCAUCUCGUACUGGCUCCCUGCAAGCCAGGUCAAUCAGGCGGUGUGGAUCGCGGUCGGGUCCCUCGUCGUCCUCGCAGUCAACGCGUUUGGCACGGGCAUCUUUGGCGAGAUGGAGUUCAUCUUCGCUUCCAUUAAGGUCAUCACUCUCACGGCCCUUAUCAUCAUCUCGCUCGUCAUCACCGCUGGCGGCGGCCCUCAAGGCGAAUCGAUCGGCUUCCGGUACUGGCGCGACCCCGGCGCGCUGGUCCAAUACAAGGGUAUCCCUGGCGCCACAGGCCGCUUCCUCGGCUUCUUCAACGUGCUUGCACAGGCCUCGUUCAGCAUGAUCGGCGCAGAGAUGCUCGCCCUUGCUGCUGCCGAGUGCAGGCACCCUCGCAAGAUCCUCCCCAUUUGCAUGCGCACUGUCUGGGUCCGUAUAGUGGGCUUCUACGUCGUGAGCGUGUUUUGCUGCGGCUUGGUAGUUGCACACAACAACCCGCUCCUUGGCUCCUCGGGCACUGCUGCGGCUUCCCCCUACGUUAUUGCCAUCCAAGCGGCAGGGAUCAAAGUGCUUCCUUCGAUUGUCAACGCUGCCAUCAUUACCAGCGCCCUCAGCGCCGGCUGCUCGGACCUGUACACGACCUCGCGCUCGCUCUAUUCGCUCGCGCAGAAGGGACAGGCGCCCAAGAUCUUCUCUCGCACGCUCAAGAACGGCAUUCCACACUACGCCGUUGCCGUCUGCUGGCUCGUAGGCGCCCUCGCCUACCUCGGCAGCUCGAGCACCUCGGCCGAUGUCUUCAGCUUCCUCGUCAACCUCACGGCGCUCUCGGGCAUCCUGACCUGGUUCUCGAUUGCCAUCACCUAUAUCCGCUUCCGCGCCGGCAUGAAGGCGCAGAACCUGCCGCGCUCGAUGCUGCCGUGGAAGUCGCGCUUCACCCUGGUCGGCGCGUACUGGACGCUGCUCAUCGUCGGCAUCGUGCUCGUCUUUUCCGGCUGGGAAGUCUUCCGACCGGGACACUGGGACACGGCGAGCUUCUUCAGCAACUACCUGCCGCUCGCCUGGUUCCCCGCCCUCUACUUUGGCUUCAAGUACCUCUGGAAGACGCGCAUCAUCCCCGUCCACGAGAUGGACUUUGUCUCCGGUCUCAAGGAGAUCGAGGCCGACGCCAGGAUGUGGGACGAGGAGGACGCCGCCAAGGACAAGUCGGGCGUGCACAACAAGAUCAAGCGCUUCUUUGUCCUCUGA